GGCGGCGAAGAAGAAGAAGAAGAAGAAGAAGGCAACAUGGCGGACGUGGUGAGUGUGGAAGUCAACCUGGACGCUUUCUCGCACGCUAUCAGCGGGAUUCAGGCGCUCCGCUCCAGCGUCAGCCGCGUGUUCGAGUCCCUGAAGGAUGGCAUGAAGAACCGGGAUACCUUGGAAAACCGGGAGAAACAAUUUAUAGCCGAAUUCCAGGACAAUCUGCAGGCGGUCAACAGAGACCUGAACGAGUUGGAGCGCCUCAGUGGUCUUGUUGGUCGACCCUCCGAGUCUCACCCGCUCCACAACAGUGGACUUCUUAGUCUGGACCCUGUUCAGGACAAAACUCCUCUGUACUCUCAGCUGCUGCAGGCCUACAAAUGGUCAAACAAGUUGCAGUACCACGCAGGCCUGGCCUCCGGUUUGUUGAACCAGCAGUCACUCAAGCGGUCAGCCAAUCAGAUGGGAGCUUCAGCCAAAAGACGGCCUAAGGUCCAGCCCAGCACGCUGGUCCUUCCCCCUCAGUAUGUGGACGACGUCAUCUCUCGGAUAGGAAGGAUGUUUCCCGACAUGACAAUUGAACUGUUCCGACCUAAUGGGACGUCUGCCGUGCUGCUGGUGACCCUGGGCAAGGUGCUGAAGGCCAUCGUUGUGAUGCGUUCACUGUUCAUCGACAGAACGUUGGUCCGAGGCUUCAACGAGAACGUUUACAACGAUGACGGAAAGCUGGACAUCUGGACCAAGUCCCAGCACCAGGUCUUCCAGAAGGUAACGGACCACGCCACCACCGCGCUGCUGCACUACCAGCUGCCCCAGAUGCCCGAGGUGGUGGUACGCUCCUUCAUGACUUGGCUGAGGAGCUACAUCAAACUCUUCCAGUCUCCCUGUCAGCGAUGUGGUCACUUCCUGCAGGACGGACUUCCUCCCACCUGGAGGGACUUUAGGACCCUGGAGGCCUUCCACGACACCUGCCGCAUGUGACGCACUUUUAUUGCAAUAAACUUAUGGACUGUUUUUCUACACACGCUGUUUGGUCACGUGACGUGAUGAGCGACUAAGGUAGUCACAUGACAUAGUUGUUUAGUCACGUGACGUGAUGAGCGACUGAAAUAGUCACAUGACAGUUGUUUAGUGACGUGAUGAGCGACUAAGAUAGUCACAUGACAGUUGUUUAGUGACGUGAUGAGCGACUAAGAUAGUCACAUGACAGUUGUUUAGUGACGUGAUGAGCGACUAAGAUAGUCACAUGACAGUUGUUUAGUGACGUGAUGAGCGACUAAGAUAGUCACAUGACAGUUGUUUAGUGACGUGAUGAGCGACUAAGAUAGUCACAUGACAGUUGUUUAGUCACGCGACGUGAUGAGCCACUAAGAUAGUCACAUGAUAUAGUUGUUUAGUCACGUGACGUGAUGAGCGACUAAGAUAGUCACAUGAUAUAGUUGUUUAGUCACGUGACGUGAUGAGCGACUAAGAUAGUCACAUGACAUAGUUGUUUAGUCACGUGACGUGAUGAGCCACUAAGAUAGUCACAUGACAGUUGUUUAGUCACGUGACGUGAUGAGCGACUAAGAUAGUCACAUGACAGUUGUUUAGUCACGUGACGUGAUGAGCGAUUAAGAUAGUCACAUGACAGUUGUUUAGUCACGUGACGUGAUGAGCGACUGAAAUAGUCACAUGACAGUUGUUUAGCCAGGUUACGUGAUGAGCGACUAAGAUAGUCACAUGACAUAGUUGUUUAGUCACGUGACGUGAUGAGCGACUAAGAUAGUCACAUGACAGUUGUUUCGUCACGUGACGUGAUGAGCGACUAAGAUAGUCACAUGACAGUUGUUUAGUCACGUGACGUGAUGAGCGACUAAGAUAGUCACAUGACAUAGUUGUUUAGUCACGUGACGUGAUGAGCGACUAAGAUAGUCACAUGACAGUUGUUUAGUCACGUGACGUGAUGAGCGACUAAGAUAGUCACAUGACAUAGUUGUUUAGUCACGUGACGUGAUGAGCGACUAAGAUAGUCACAUGACAUAGUUGUUUAGUCACGUGACGUGAUGAGCGACUAAGAUAGUCACAUGACAGUUGUUUAGUCACGUGACGUGAUGAGCGACUAAGAUAGUCACAUGACAUAGAAAAUGACAUUUUUACAUCAAAUAUUUAUGCAGAAAAUUCACAUGAUUUUAGUUCCAAGAAGUCACAUGACUGAUGUAGACUGGUAUUACUGAGACGAGUCACAUGACCGAGAUGAGGGGUGUCAAACUGAUUUUAGCUGGGGGGCCACAUGGAGAAAAGUCCUCCCAAGUGGGCCGGACUGCUAAAAUCACGGCAUGAUAACUUCAAAAUAAAGACAACUUAAGACUG